UUCCCGGAGAGCGUUAUCAAAUAUCUGCCGCAAGGCAACAAAUAUAUGGCGCAAGGCGCUUCAAAUAUCUGCCGAAAGGCAUCAAAUAUCUGCCGCAGCAAUAAAGUUCAUUUUGUUAAAGGAAUAAUCCAGACCCUCUUUAUAUCUUGCCAAUUUAACUUAGUACCUUAUAAAUAAACAACAUGAAAAAAUUCAUAUAAUUUCCCCCAGCCAAUUUAUCACAAAACACGAUUUUGAAAAACCCCACGCAAGAAAAAAACAUUAAAUCCGGAGAUUGCCCCCAGAUACCCUGUGACGUCACAGAAGGUGAACAGCUGAUUUUAAACAUGGCGGACAGCGAAGUUUCUGUGCAAUCGAGCUGCGUAUCUUUUGACAUUUCCUCUGAUUUCUCUGACUUUUCUGCGGCUGAAUACUUGUCAGAGACUGAGGAAAUAUUUAUAGACCAGUCAGGUGUCGAAAGACCAGCCAUCGGGGUGCUACCGUACCAGUUUGAGCCGGAAUAUGACGCGGACGAUCCGGAGGCAGAAAUGCAAGUCGAAGUUGAAGACGAUGAAGAGUCAGAAGACGAUGCGCGGCGACUGGUUGAUUUGAAUUAUUGGUGCAGCUGUGGAAACUGUCAGAUCAUGGAGACAGCACUAGAAUGCAGAUGUUGCCAGACUAUGAACGUAGUCCAGCAAAAGCUCACUGACCCCUUGAUCGAAGGUGCCGAUUUCAAGUGUGUGACAGAACACCCGGGUUUUGAAGGAGCCUGCCUAAAUAUAUGGGCGUUGGAAGUUGCUUUCCUAACGUUCAAAGCACAGCAAGGGAAUCACGCCCCAGAUGGACCAAAUCAUGAGCGGUAUCGAUAUGUAGCAUACCGUCAAUUUGUGCGCUGGUGCUGGGGAUUCUUGGGAAAAGAUCCGGGUCGUCCUACCCUCAUGUACAGUGACUGCCAUUAG